AAGGAGCACCGGGAAACGAAUCGUAAUCGAUGUGGUGUUGUUUUUCUACACGUUUGACCAUAUUGCACGGAUGUAUGCUCGGUAUGGCCAUCACCUUGCCAUGCCGGGUCAGUUGCCGUUCUCACUCCUAAGCCGUGGACAGUCCCGUUCCAUUCCAUUCCAUCACAACCCUCGUUAUCACGCGUCGCUGAUCUUGUCGUCUCGCAGGCGCAAAACUUUCAGCCCACGCAUCGCCAUCCAACACGCCGGUUGGCACCGUUUGGUACCCGAUUGCGAUGAUGAAAAUGAAUAAAACAUAAAGACGCUGCCGUGAAGCUUCACCGCUGCUUUCUUUGUUUGGCUGUGCCGCCAUCGCUACGGCGGAAAGAAAAGUGAUCCCGGGAAAACUCACCUCGUUACCUCGUUGUGCCGUUGUUUGCUGCUGGAAGUGAUUGCAGUCGCGUCUGCGAUGCGUAUGUUUGAUUCACCAUCAGCAGAAUCCUAGAUCGAUUAAAUCAUCGAAUCUAGUGAAACGAACAAACGAACGAGUUUCUUCGUGUGGGUGAAAAUCAAAAGGAGGCGCCCAGUACUUCACGAUCGGAAGGCGCAAUAUAAAACGCUACUACGGAUUUAUCGAGCACCGUGUGCAAUUGUUCCGUGCGAGUACUUAUCAUCGGAUAGUACACGCAGAUAUUGUGCAGUAUGGUGUGAGUGCGACAAGAGUGAAAAGGAAAAAUAAAACAGAGAGAGAGAGAGAGAGAGAGAGAGAGAGAGAGAGAGAGAGGGAAAAAGAGUAAACCGUCGUAUUCCCAACAGCAACCAAACCAAAGUGCCAAACAUCAGCACCUGAGUGUGGAAAAUCCUACGUCCGGUUUUGAGUUCGGUUUUCUGGCCAGUUGGCCAGUUCUUGCUGGCCACCCGGCAAGAAGCAUUCCCUGUGGAGUAGCAAAGCACAGGAAAAAAAAGAAAAACAGCAACCAUCAUCCACAACAGAAAGAGCAACGUUUUCGGAAAAGCCUCACAAGUCGACGAAAACCACAACUGUGGUGGUGUUGCUUCCGAGCACCGUGAACAUAUACCUUGGGGCGCACGGUGUUCCCCGGGAAGUGAUAGGUUUUUUUCUCAUCCCGGUAGUCUUCAACCAUCCAGUGAGGUCGUGUCUCGCCGCAUGUGUAUAGCGCCUUGGCACAGGAAGAUCUACGAUACGCGGGGCACCAACGGUACCGGACCAACGGUCGGGAAAUGUGGCUCCCAGUAGUAAUGGAUUUACGACUCCCCAUCCUCUGUUUGCUGAUAGUGGCAGAAAUAUCCGUAGGCUUGCGAAAUGUCCGUGUCACGGUACCGACGGCCGUACGAAAAGGCGACUCUGCACAUCUUUUCUGUGACUACGAGCUGGAAGACAAGGAACGGCUGUAUUCGAUAAAAUGGUACAAAGGAAAACGCGAGUUCUAUCGCUACACACCACAGGAGAAACCAUCGAUGAAAGUAUUCACUGCCGUUGACGUUGAGCGAUCGUUAUCGAACGAGAGUAACGUUGUCAUAAAAGCACUCGAAACAAAUGUGUCGGGAAAGUACAGCUGUGAGGUGUCGGCUGAUGCUCCAUCCUUUCACACGAUGAUAGUAUCCGGUGACAUGGAAGUCAUAGAACCGCCGCCGGAAAAACCAUCAAUAACGGGCCUGCAGGGCCGGUACCGACCGGGUGACAUCCUGCGGGGCAACUGCACCUCGAUUAAUUCUAAACCGCCAGCAAAUCUGACGUGGACGAUUAAUGACGUACCGAUAAUACCACAAUACUACAAACAGUAUCGACCGAUCAAGGACACACACACGGGGCUGGAAACAUCUAUUUUAGGAAUUAAUAUUCUUGUUGCUCAUGGACACUUCGUUAAAGGAAAACUCAAGCUUAAAUGCCAAGCAACAAUACAUCAGAUCUAUGACGAGAGUAGCGAAUGGUAUGUGGAGGAGGAUCGACCCCGAAUACUGGCGACCGGUUCGUCCAGUGGCCACAAUCUCAAUCAAAUUUAUCAACAAUCGGUGUACGAUGGAGAGCUAACCGAUCAAAGCGAUAUGUACCUAACCGUCAAUGGAUACAAAGCGGAUAAAACACCAACGUCUUCAUCGUCCGCCACCAAACAAGUCGGUGCGUACGUCAAGGUGGGCUGGAUUGCGUUCUACAUCUGCACCAUCUGCACCGUGCUGCUCUACUCCCUGCGGAUCGGCAUCUCCUGACUGUACAAUCUGAAGGAAGUGAUUAAAAUAUAAGCCUCACAUGGCGUGUGGACGAACUGGACGCCUGUCCAAACUGUAGCGCUUCCCGGUGCAAUUUCCACUAAAAGGAAAAACACGCGAAAGUCUCGUUAAUAAAUUUAUCCCUCACUAACAGCCGCAUGCAAGCGAACGAAUACUAAUGCCUUGUAGGAUGGAUUUCACCAGUGGAUUGCACACUAUAACGUACAAUGGGUCUGGUCUGUAAUGUUAAGCUUGCGUAAAUCACUAUGUUCACCUGCAGUGUAGUACUGUGUAGAUUUGAGUUAUGGUUGUUAGUUUGACUGUUUUAAACAUUGCGUUUUGUUAAGUUCUAUUGGCGCUAGACGGAAUGGAAAUGAUGUUUCAUUCGGAGAUACUUUCAAUGCUAACAAAACUUGUACAUAGGCUAGCGAUAAGUAGUUCAAUUGAUAAGUGUACACUAGUGAGGUAAGCGAUGGAAGGAAAGCAUUUUUAAGCCAGUCAACCCAAUUGCAGUCUAAGGCUCAACGCGUAGAGAAAUCGGGAACGUUAGCAACGUCCCAAUCAAAACAUGUAAAUGACACAAGAUAAACAGCAAACAAAAAACGAAAUGUACAUAGAUCUAAACACAAUCAAUCCAUGCAUUUUGGAUUACCAUCCAUGGAUGUAUGGCGACAAAUGAGCAUAACGUAAGACACUAGCAGCUCGAGUGCGGUCGGGCCUCAUUUUGUAUUGGUAAAUGUGGUAAACCAUAAGCGUUGCGGUGGAUUGUAAGGUUGCAAUUUAAACAAUAAAAUUCGUAUGUUAAAACAGUAA